AUGGACAAUAACGAAGGAAGAGCUGGAGGAUCCGAAGAAACUGGAGGAAAGCGUAAGAAGAGGAAUAUGGGAAGGGCAGAGUGGAGCCGACAAAAUAUAGACAAGAGAGCGCGGAACGAAAAACAGCUCGAAGCUAAACGCCGGAAGAUCGAGAAUGGAGAGCAAGUGGCCGCCCCGGUAUACGCGACGCAUUUCUCGCAGGAGGACAUCGAGAACGAACAGCGACGUCCGAAAAAGAAGGUCGCCGUAUUGCUGGGGUAUUCGGGGACCGGAUAUAAGGGAAUGCAAUUGAGCGAAACCGAAAAGACCAUCGAGGGAGAGCUCUUCGCCGCGUUUGUGGCUGCCGGCGCUAUCUCCAAAGCCAAUGCAACGGACCCGAAGAAAUCAUCGCUCGUCCGAUGCGCACGUACCGACAAGGGAGUCCACGCUGCGGGAAACAUCGUCUCCUUGAAAUUGAUCGUGGAGGAUCCAGGCAUCGUCCAGAAGAUCAACGAGAAGCUCAGUUCGCAGAUUCGCAUCUGGGACAUCUUAGUCGCCAAUAAGUCGUUUAGCAGUUACCAGAUGUGCGACUCUCGUAUCUACGAAUAUCUCAUUCCGUCCUAUUGUUUCCUUCCGCCGCAUCCCAGUACUUAUCUGGGGAAGAAGAUUGCGGAACUUGCCGAGAGAGAAGGCGACCUGGAAGGAUUGAACUCCCGACAGACGGAAGUUGCUGAUUACUGGGCCGACAUUGAUGACAAAUUCGUCCGGCCUAUCCUCGAAACUGUCCCCGAAGAUAUCAGGCAGAUCGUGCAGAAGGCGCUGUAUUUCGACGAGGAGAGAUCCGCGGAUACCGAGUCCGACAACAAAGGGGAAUCGUCGGCCGAUACGUCAGUCGAGCACGAGGAUAGUAAACCUGCAGCGGAAGAAACCUCGCAGGAAAAGGCCGAAGUUGAUACGGCGCAAGAGGCUCGCCGCAGGCAGAUUUACGAGUCUGUGAAAGCUGUGAAGGCGGCAUACAAUACUGCCAAGCGAGAAUAUCGCAUUCCUGCCGCUCGUCUGUCCCGUUUACAAGAAACUCUGGACAAGUACCUGGGGACGAAAAACUUCUACAACUACACCAUCCAGAAGAUGUAUAAGGAUCCGUCUGCGAAACGACACAUCAAGUCGUUCAAGGUAGACACGAACCCGAUCAUCAUCAACGGCACCGAAUGGCUCAGUCUGAAAGUGCACGGACAAAGCUUCAUGAUGCACCAGAUCCGCAAGAUGGUGGCCAUGGCAACGUUGGUAGUGCGAUGCGGAUGUGAUCCACAGCGCAUCGUGGACAGUUACGGCGCUACGAAGAUCCCAAUCCCGAAAGCUCCGGGUCUGGGUCUUUUACUGGAACGUCCGGUGUUCGACGGGUACAAUAAGAAGGCCAACGAGACGGGCAAAAAGCCGAUCAAUUUCGACAACUAUGUCAAGGAGAUCAACGAAUUCAAGCAACGCGAGAUUUAUGAUCGAAUCUUCCGUGAAGAGGAGCAAACCAAUGCGUUCUCAUCAUUCUUCAAUCACAUCGAUCACUUCCCCCAGGAAGAAUUCCUGUAUAUCACAUCCGGUGGAAUCAGGGCUUCAAAGCGCGUGCCGCAGCCCACGGAACCCAAGCAAGAGGGCGGACAGAAGGGGAGGAAAUCUGAGCGGGAGGCUUUGUGCCUUGUGGAGUCGGAAUCCGAUACUGAAGCUAAUCUUCCUGAUGGGGGUGAGGAGGGAGGUUGA